UUACACACACAUUAACAACAUCAGCCAUAUUUUGUUAAUAUAACCUCUCUGUUCUAAGGAUUUCUAUGUCAGUCUCUCUCCACAUCAGACAUGUUGGUGUUAUAUAGACUUAUCAUGGCUGACUGUUAGUGGAGCUGAUAGUGUGUGUUCUCUCACUACUCUGUCUUUGUGUGUGAGAGGCAACAUCUAGUCUGAGAGAGGCUGUAGUAAGCAUCACCCAUCCUACUCCUCCUCCUCCCUUUCACACACACUCACACACACACACACACUAAACACCACACAUCCACAAAGGAAGACUGAGAGGGAACUGCUGGUUCCCACUGACUCACCACCAACACUAUUCCAUCAACAUGAAGCCAUUGUCACACCAUAGCAGCAGUGACACAGACAACCAUUAACAACAGAACAUUGGGACCAAGUCACAGUUUAUACAACAAAGGAUUUUACACAAUGAAGAUUGAUAUUUGAAGUCAUCUCUCCACUGGAUAUUAUAUUAAUACCAAGACCAGACAUGUUGUUGUAUCUGUGUGUUUUGCUGACUUUCUUCCACUGUUAUGCAAGUGAAGAUAUCACAUACCAUGUUAAAGAAGAGAAUAUUCCUCAUACCUAUGUAGGGGACAUUGCUACUGACUUACAGAAAUCAGACAGCUCCUUCUUAAAGAAUAAGGAUUUAAUUACAUUUAGUCAACUGCAACAAAAGGGAGAACAGUUGUUCAAUGUGACGAGAACAGGUAAACUGUACACUGUUGAGACAUUGGAUGCUGAGUCUGUGUGUAGUUAUGAGAAAGAAUGUUUUGAAAUCGUUAAAGUUGCUGUUCACAAAUCCAAGACAUUUAUGAAGAUCUUAAAGAUUAAAGUCAUAAUAGAAGACAUCAAUGACCACCAACCUGAAUUUCCUGAGAAAGAAAUUACUAUACUUUUCAGAGAAGGUGAUGGUAAAGGUAUGAAGAAGGCUAUACCUAAUGCUGUUGAUAAAGAUGUUGGAUAUCAAAACAGAUUAAUUAGAUAUAAAUUAGAAGAUGGUUUUGAUCAUUUUUCUUUAUCUCAAUCAAAGUUAGCUGAUGAAAUAUCGACAUUAGGAAUAAUUUUAGAAGAGAAAUUAGACAGAGAACAGAAGGACAGUUACAAUAUUGAGGUCAUUGCUAAAGAUGGGGGAACUCCACCAAAAGAAUCUAUUUUAAAGGUUAAAAUAUCUGUGGAAGAUGAAAAUGAUAAUGCACCACAAUUUUCCCAAAGUAUCUACAAUGUCUCUAUUGAACAUAAACAUAAAAAGAAUAUUCCAGUAGUCACAUUAUCUGCCAGUGAUUUAGAUAUUGGCAGGAAUGGUAAAAUAUCUUUCUAUUUAAGUCAGAAAACUGAUGUGAAGAUGAGAAAAUAUUUUCACUUGAAUGAAAAUACAGGAGUGUUAUAUUUAGCUAAAUCAAUAGAGUUUGGAAAAGAAGAGAAUUUUAAAUUAUAUGUGGAAGCCAGGGAUAAUGGUAUUUCCCCUCUCAGUUCUCUGGCAAUCAUUCAAAUAAAUGUCAUCAAUGAACACAACAAUCCUCCAAAUAUUGAUGUGAACUUUAUUUCUACACAGAAUCACAACACAGCUACCAUUCUGGAAGACAUCAAAGUUGGUAGUUUCAUUGCUUAUGUGAUGGUCACUGACAAUGAUGUUGGACACAAUGGAGAGGUGAACUGUCAUAUCAAAGAUGACACAUUCAAACUACAGUCAAUGGGAUCGAAGGAAUAUAAAAUAGUUCUAAAGAAAGCAGUAGACAGAGAGACACAGGAACAUUAUCACUUUACUGUGUCGUGUGAAGAUAAAGGAUUACCUGCUCUGAAAACUGAUAAAGAUCUGUCAAUCCAAGUGUUGGAUGUGAAUGAUGUAGAACCACACUUUACGAAAGACACAUUCAAGUUCCUUACCUAUGAGAAUGACAAAGCUAAUUUCCCUAUUGGCUUUAUCAAUGCUACAGACCCAGAUAUUGGUAAGGGAGGUGAAUUGUCUUAUUCUCUGAGAAAUAAACAGCAAUAUCGUCUGCCAUUCCAGAUUAUCAACUCUGGCUUUAUUUCAACAAACCAGUCUUUAGACAGAGAACACAGAGAUUUCUAUGAGUUUGAGGUUUUUGUGAAAGACAAUGGAAGCCCAUCUCUGAAUAACACAGUGAAUGUUGAAGUGGAAGUAUUGGAUAGAAAUGAUAAUGCUCCAUAUUUUACAUUUCCUAGUGUUGACCAUUUCACUCUUAAUGUCCACUAUCAUCCGCAAAGUAAGAACGACAUCACAGUUCUGAAAGCAUCUGAUAUAGACAGUCACAUGAAUGCUUUUCUCAGGUACGAAAUCGUUUCAGGUAAUGAGAGACAGUUAUUCAAACUGGACUCUUUCACUGGUGUGUUAUCUUACUCUCGCACAGUUUACCAAAAUGAUGCCGGCUCAUAUGAGCUUGAGUUUGUUGUGAAAGACAGUGGUACUCCAGUUCUGUCAGCAACAACUAGUGUGUCUUUGACACUGACUGUUAGUAACAAGACGUCACCAAUGUUCACAGCUGUGCACCUACCAAGUGAUAACACAAUAGAUGCGACAUUGUUGAUUAUCAUUGUAGUAGCAGCUGUGAUUGUAUCUAUAGCUAUUGUGGUUUCUAUAACCCUGUGUAUUGUGAGAUGUAACAAUGUGAGAAAUAGCUCAUCUGAAAGAACAGCAGAAGAGAAACAGGCAUACCAAUGUCGCAAUGAGAUGAGACAGUUGAUCUAUCAAGGUAACAACAGUGUACCUGUGAUGUCAGGUAAUCGAGGAGAGAUGUCAGACAGAUAUGGUCAUUCGAGGAGCCAUUACUAUCCUGAAGAUUGGAAGACAUCGACAAUGAGCAGAUCUCUUCAAAAGUCCACAAAGCAGAAAUACAGUCAACCCAUUGAGGUGACAUCUUAUGGAGACAACAGACCAUCUUCUCACUAUCCCACUGACACAUUGACCAGUCGUAAGAGCAGUGGACAGUGCUGGAGUGAGCGGUCAAGCAGACAGUAUGAAGAAAUACCAGCAAUGUCAGGAAUCUAUGGUGGUGCCCCACCUGAUGUAUCAAGCACCAGUGAGAGAGACCAUUACCAAGACAGAUAUGUGAAACCUCCAGAGAGACAGUUACCUUCAACACCAGAUGUUGUUGUCAGUUAAGUGAGACUGAGAAAGGAACACAACAGAAAUAAUAUCACCUUCAACAUUCACACAACAUUUAAAAGCAACAG